ACGAUACUUAGGACUACUUAAAGGAGGGUUCAGACGGAACUCAGAAUCGAACUUGUGUCGGAAAACAACUCUUCGACUCCUUCACCAUGGCUGAAUGGAUUCGGUGUCUUGUCGUACUGGUGUUCUGCUGCCAAAACACAUUCGCGGAUUUUGUUUUGACUCAGUCCCCGUCUCUCUCAACUUCUGCUGGGAGAACUGUAAAGGUCACUUGUACCAUGUCAGGAGGCAACAUCGGUAGCUACUACGCGAGCUGGUACUGGCAGAAACCCGGCAGCGCCCCUGUGUAUGUGUGGGAUGAAAGCAACGGCAGAGCUUCCGGUAUUCCAGAUCGAUUCGCCGGUUCCGUAAAAUCAUCUAACAACCAGAUGGACUUAACCAUCGCAAACGUGCAAUCGGAGGAUGCCGCCGACUAUUAUUGCGCUGUUGAGAAAAGUGGUGUCGUCACCUUCGGAAAAGGAACCAAACUGAAUUUGGACAAUCCACAACCCCCCGUGGUGUCUGUCCUCGGACCUUCAACGGACGAAAUCAGGGGUAAGGGCACUGCCACUCUGGUGUGUUUGGUGAGAGGGUUUAAUCCGGGCGCCGUGAAUAUCGAGUGGACUAUGGAUGGUAAUGCGAGAAAGAAUGGCGUUGAAACCAGCCGGAUCCAGCAGGACGCGGACAACACGUUCAGUACGAGCAGUUACCUGACUCUGCCAGCCUCCGACUGGAACUCACAUGAGCUUUACUCCUGCGUGGUUAAACACGAGACUCGGACAACCCCACUUAAAGCAAAUGUCUUGAGAUCCAGCUGUAUCUGAUUCAAGCAAUCUAUGUACUGAUUCCUUACAUUUGAAAAUAAAUGGCACGUUUCGACAUUGCCUGUUAGAUUUUGCUGGAUGUAUUUUUAUUCGUAGCGUAUGAACAGUGAUCACUUGAAUGCAUUGUCUGUGGUGUGCCAGUGUAACUUCACAAGUGGAGAAAUGUAAUAAUAUCUCUUAUCUCCCAUAUUGACAUAUACUUCUCUAACAAUAGUAAAGUUUUGAAUAUCUGAAUAUUAAAAAAAUCGAUGAUAACCAAAAAUCUA